UGAAAAUUUUGGAAAUGUAGUAAUUUGUGUCCAAUUAGUGAAUUGCCUUGAUUAGUAUCCUGCGGCCCACGGCACGGCCCACGGGCAUCAGGGACCUAGUCCGCAAAUGCAGACGUAAACUCCGCUUUGCUAAUCUGAGGGUGCGGGUUUACCCAUAACUGGGUUCUGCGUCGGCUCGGACUACAGGGACCGGGCGCAGGCACUUGGGUCCGUUUCAAUAAUAAAAAGAAAAAGAAUGACCAGUUUAUUAAGCCAUGGCUACAUUUUGGCGAUCAUAUCUGCAUGUUCUAAGUAAACAUCCUUGGAAGACACAGUUGGCAACAACAGGUGUUCUGUGUGGAGCUGGGGACUGUAUUGCACAGCUCAUUGUAGAGAAGAAGGAACUGAGGCACUAUGAUUGGAUAAGAUGUACAAGGUUCACCUUAGUUGGUUUCUGUGUAAUUGGACCGGCACUCCGAACGUGGUACCUGGCGUUAGAGAGACUGUUUGGAACAACAGGAAAGUCUGUUGCUUUGAAAAAAGUAUUCUUUGAUCAGACUAUCUUUGCACCAAUAUUCCUAGGUAAUUUUAUCAUGCUCAUGAGCCAUCUUCAAGGACAGAAAUGGCCUGAUAUCAAAAAUACUAUGGAAAAGGAUUACACUUCAGUAUUAUUGACUAACUACAAAAUUUGGCCCAUGACUCAAGUGGUCAACUUUUAUUUUGUACCUUUUCAACACAGAAUUCUAGUGGUAAAUGUUGUCGCCUUGGGUUGGAACACCUAUCUUGCUUGGAAGGCUAACAAAGCACUAGAAAGAAGUCUAGUAAAAGAAAACAGGAAAGAACAAGCAAAGACAGUGUGAGAAAAUGACAAAAAGCAGGUGUCAUCUGCAAUGAAUGUUGAUUUUAUUUAAUUGAAAAGUAAAAUUAUGUUUUGUAUAUGAGACAUUGAUCAAGUAAUUAAAAGGACUAUUUGUAAAUACU